CAUAAAUCAGUGUGUAAAAGCUGAAAGGGAAAAGUAGAAAUACGACUCGAUGACUCAAAGGGAAGACGAACAUGUUUCCCCAACUGACAAGCAUGGCAAAGAGACUGUUGUAAAUGUUUAAAAGACAGGGAGGAAAGACUGGGGAUUCCACGAAGGACGGCAAGGCUAGGGUGGCCAAGACGACGAUGCCAGAGCUCCGAGCUACCGGUGACAAUGUUGACUUGGGCCUGGGCUUGGGCGGUGGGCUGGCUCAUAGGGUAGAGUGGGCCGGCAUUACUGGACCGAUGAAUCACGGUUCCCGUCAGCAUAUCCUUCACAGAAAAACCAGUGGGGUCAAAUUCAAUAGAGCAAUUAUUGUCACGGGUAAACUGGCGAACAGAAAUAAGAGGGCUGCCCGAUGGUGUUCCGUGCAUUUGAUCCGGAGCUGCGACCGCGACCACGACCCCGAGAGGAACCGCCACGAUGCCGGGAAUGCUGCUGUUGCUGCCCGAAGCCUCCCCCGCUGCUGGAUUCUGACCGCCCGCCACCAGCGCUGCCCUGCCGCCGUGGACCUCCACUGCCGGCGUAUAACGCCGUGCCGCCGUCCCCCGUGUUGCUGCCGACACCCAGUUCAGCCCGUUGUUGUUCAAUUAAGAGGAGGGCCGAACGGGUUUGAAGAAAGGUCGGGGGCGGUGUUUGGUAUUGAAGGAACGACGUUUGUCCUCGAAGAUCAUCCGGGAGACCACGCAAGACUUGAAGAACCAAUUGUUGUUCGGAAGAUUCCGGAGGGUUUGACAAUAAGCGGCAAUGGAGAGAGAACCCUUCGUGGUGGUGUGGAAUUGGUGCUCAAGUUGCAUCGCCCGGGCCGGCUUGUUGUCGUGGAAGAUGUUAUAGAUGGCUUUCCAAAGCUCGGAUGCGGAGUUGGUUGUAGAGAGAACAAGAUCACAAAUUUCAUCAUUGACCGUGGAGAGGAUCCAACCUUGUAUGAGGGCGUCAAGUUGGAACCAUUCCGAGUCAUCGGCGCUGGAGGGGGACGAUUUUCCGGUGAGAAAAUCACCGAGAGAGAACCUGCGAAUGAGAAGGAGGAAGAGCCGGCUCCACUUUUUGUAAUUGGGCUCGGAGAAGCUUAGGAGAAUCGGCACAUGGAGCUUCACGUUCGAGAUCGUCGUGAACGCCAAGUGCGGGGUUGGAGAAGAUGACGUUGAGUCGGUGACGGAAGGCUUCUCAGACAUUGCGACCGAUGGGGGAGUUG